CUCACAAUCUAUAUCUAUUCUUCAUAGAAAACACAUACAUUCACGUAUGGCUUCCAAAUCCCAAAGCCACUGUGUUCUAAUUCUGCUGCUCAUUCUCACAAUCUGGACUUCUGGGACUAUGUCGUCUCGGAAGCUUCAAGAAACAUCAACAUCGUUAUCAGAAAGACAUGAGCAAUGGAUGGCCAAGUAUGGUAAGGUGUACAAGGAUGCUGCAGAGAAGGCAAAACGCUUUGAGAUAUUCAAGAACAAUGUUGAGUUCAUUGAAUCCUUCAACUCUGCUGCCACCAAACCCUACAAGCUCGGCGUCAAUCAGUUUGCAGAUCAAACCAGUGAAGAAUUCAGGGCCAUUCGCAAUGGCUUGAAGAGGUCGUCCCAUGGAUCAUCACUUAGGACCAUGUCUAAGACAGAGACGACGUCGUUUAAGUACGAGAAUGUCACUGCUCUUCCUGCUUCUAUGGAUUGGAGGAAGAAAGGAGCUGUCACUCCCGUCAAGGACCAAGGCCAAUGUGGAAGUUGUUGGGCAUUUUCAACUAUUGCAGCAACAGAAGGGAUUCACCAAUUAACCACAGGGCAACUAGUGUCCCUCUCAGAGCAAGAGCUUGUUGAUUGUGAUACUAAAGGUGUGGACCAAGGUUGUGAGGGUGGUUACAUGGAAGAUGGGUUUGAAUUCAUCAUUAAAAAUGGAGGAAUUACCUGCGAACAAAACUAUCCCUACACAGCAACUGAUGACAAAUGUAACACCAACAAGGAAGCAUCCCAUGUUGCUCAGAUUAAGGGUUAUGAGAAAGUUCCUGUCAACAGUGAGCAAGCACUGCAAAAAGCUGUGGCCAACCAGCCCGUGUCAGUCUCCAUCGAUGCCGGAGAUGGUUCUUUCCAGUUUUAUUCGAGCGGGGUUUUCACCGGAGAAUGUGGUACUCAGCUUGAUCACGGCGUGACUGCGAUUGGUUAUGGUGUGACUGAUGAUGGUAUUGAUUAUUGGCUUGUGAAGAAUUCAUGGGGGACUGAAUGGGGCGAGGAAGGGUAUGUGAGGAUGAAGAGGAACAUAGAUGCCAAGGAGGGUUUAUGUGGAAUUGCCAUGGAUGCCUCUUAUCCAACUGCUUAAAACCUUCACUAUAUUAAUUAUUAAUGUAUGUAUCAUCAUGUCAUGAAUUUAAUCUGUUUCUAUUUUCAACAAUUAUUAAUGCAAAUAUUAUGAUUUCCUUGUACCCAACCACUACUGGAUAUAUAUACCCCCCCUUCUCAUUU